AUGGGGAAUCCGAAACAAAAAUGGACGGCGAAGGAGGAAGAAGCUCUGCGGGCUGGGAUAGCCAAACACGGCACAGGCAAGUGGAAGAACAUCCAGCAGGACCCGGAGUUCAAUCCCCAUCUCUCCACUCGCUCCAACAUCGAUCUCAAGGACAAAUGGCGGAAUAUGAGCGUUGGCUCCGGCGAGAAAUCCCGGACGCCGAAGCCCAAACUCGCUGCCGCCGAUGCUGCUGUGGCUGCAGCAGUGCCAAUGCCCAUUGCUCAAGCUCCCGCUCCCCUCCCCACCCCAGCUGCUGCUGCUGUUGCGAUUGCGCCUACCUCGACCGAUGUAACAAUGGAGGAUACCAAACCUGUGGUUAUGGUUGGUACUGAGGUGAAAAUUGCUUCCAAGUAUGAUCCAAUGAUAUUUGAAGCAAUUGCGGCCUUGACUCGAGUUGAGACAAAUGUUGUUGAUAUCAGUGCAAUCAUCAGCUUCAUUGAGCAAAGACAAGAGUUGCCACAAAAUGGCAGGAAGCAGGUAACUUCAAGGUUGAGACGCUUGGUUCAAAAGGAAAAACUUGAGAAGAUUCAGAAUUCGUAUAGGUUCAAGGAAAGCAACCCAACCACUGUUACAAAUGCACCUCCCGUCACACAAGCACCUUCUCCGAAGAAGGAAGUCAAAUCCAUACCGUUGAAGAGCACUGAUUUGGUUACCUCGGAUGAAACCGUGGAAGAAGCAGCAGUUUCUGCUGCCUGCAGAAUCGCCGAAGCAGAGAACAAAUCCUUUGUGGCCGCUGAAGCUGUGAAGGAAGUGGAAAGGAUUUUGGAAUUCGCUGAAGAAUCGGAAUCAAAUUUGCAACUCGCCAAUCAGAUAUUUGAAAAAUGUAAGCAGAACACUUUUGUUGGUUUUGUUUAUGAUUAUGCUAUUUUCAUCUCGGUUUCAUUGUCUGCCAACCUUGAGUCUCAAGUAAGCAAAGCAAAGCAAAGCUCUAAAAAUACAGGCUCUCUUGACAUGGCAGGUUCGCAGGGGGAAACUGUAAUGUUGUCAUGA